CCCGGGAUCAUUCGCCUCGGAGCGCUUCGGCAAGGUCAUGAAGAACGAGCUUGAGGAGGGGAGGGGAGGGAGGGGAGAAGGGUCUUCCCCCUUCGUCUCUUCCCCCUUCUCCCCUUCUUUUUCCCCUUCUCCCCUCCUUCUUUCUCCCUUUCUCUUGUAUCUCGCUUGCUACGCUGCUCUGAUUGUCCACAGAUCACGACAACGUGAAGGCGACAGGAGGCGAAGGGGGAGGGAGUUCGGUAUAGAUCCAGCCGCUCGAGCUCGAAUGGGAGCGCUUCCGCUAGAGAUGAACGCACUCGAGCGCUCCGACGAGGGAAUCAAGAUGGGAUGGGGGGAGGAGGGGAAGGGUGAGGGAGACAUCUCGCCUCGGCGCUUACAGCGCCCUUUCAACUCAAAUCGCUCGGAGGAAGCGGCAGGAAAGCCGAUAGGUAGCUUUUAGUAGAUACAGUAGUUGUGUACUAGACAAACGUAAACAA